UUUUCUCCCACCAUUUGCUGAUCAAGAGUGAGAAAGAACCAUUGAUUCGGAGAGGGUUAAUGUGCUAAAGGUCCUCGAAUUCUACUCACUCCUUGCUGUUUUAAAGACAUUGUUGCUGGUAGCCACCCCAUCCUUUUUUUCCUGCCUGUAGUUCUUCCCAAUUUCCCCUAGGCAGGGAAAGAAGGCCAGACUGUUACGUUUCUGUUCAGUGGAAAGUAGGUGCCCAGCCUAAUCUCUGAAACAAAGCAGCAAUAGUAGCGGCGGCAAGAGCAGCAACAUGUUCUAUGCGGUGCGGAAGGGCAGGAGGACCGGAGUCUAUCGAACCUGGGAUGAAUGUAGAGAACAAGUUAACAAAUAUAAAUAUGCCAGUUUCAAGAAGUUUGCAACAGAGGAAGAUGCCUGGGACUUUAUAAAUGGUGGACUAUCAGAAACAUCCUGUUGUUCAACUGGCACGUCGGUGGGAGAUGCAAGACAUGCAGAUGAAUCCUCACCUAAUGACCCAGCGGUUGUUACUGAAGGUAUCAAUAACGUGGCUGAUGAAAUAACCAGAAAUCAUAGUUACUUGGGUAACAAGGCAAUAUCAUGGUCGGAUUAUAGUUCUUACAAGAGACCGUAUGAAGAGCCUCCAGAAGACCAACAUGGCAGAAAGCAUGUAAAAUAUACUGAGGUGCCUUACACACCUUCAGAAAACAAAGAUAAAUUCUCCUAUAUGGGAGAUUAUGCAGUUGUUUAUACUGAUGGGUGUUGCUCAAGUAAUGGGCGUAAUAAUGCACGUGCUGGAACAGGUGUCUAUUGGGGACCUAAUCAUCCUUUAAAUAGUAGCGAAAGACUUCCUGGACGGCAGACUAAUCAAAGGGCUGAAAUACAUGCAGCUUGCAAAGCAAUAGAGCAAGCAAGGAGUCAAAAUAUCAAGAAACUGGUAAUCUAUACUGACAGCAAAUUCACCAUUAAGGGUAUGACAAGCUGGGUUCAAAACUGGAAGGAUAAUGAUUGGAAAACAUGCAAAGGAACAGAAGUAAUAAACAAAGAGGACUUUGAAAGACUUGCUAAGCUUUCAGAAGGCGUGGAUAUCCAGUGGAUGCAUAUUCCAGGUCAUGCUGGCUUUCCUGGAAAUGAAGCAGCUGAUCGACUAGCAAAAGAAGGAGCUGGAAAGUCCUCGUCUUAGGUAGAAAUGUCCAUUGAGUUCUGGGGCAGUUGUGAGAGUAACAUCUCUGAUUAACAGGCUUAAGGUUGUUGCUGAUUAACAUGAGUUUUGUUGAAUCGCCACCCAACUGCUUGUUGUUCGGAAGAUUCAGAUGUAGAUACUUAUGCUUAUUUUAAAGAGGUAUUUUCAAAACAGGUAAUUAAACAUUUGGCUUAAACAAUAAAGAAUUCCAAUUCUGAAAAGUUAAAAAAAACCAACGUGUUGCCAAAGCAUGCCAUACAUUUCACAAUUCUAUAUUUGAGAUGGGUGUUUUUGAGUUUUAUAAACUUUGUAAAGCUAGCAAAUUCAGAAUAAGAAAGAAAUACAUUUUGCUUGCUGGACAAGUGUGUUUCUUGUUGAGAGUUCUUAAAUAAAGUUUUUGUUUUUUAAAUUUG